UAAGAUAUGAGAGCUUCUCUCACUCUCACUCUCGUCACUCCCUCACAGAGCUGAUAGGCCACACAGAGCUUCCUCCUCCUCUGCUCUUCUUCGUCUCUCCCGAGGAGAUGAGCUUCUCCGCGAAGCCUCAAACGCUAACACUAAUCUCAUGCACUCCUCUAUCUUCUUCUUCUUCUUCUUCCUCCUCCUCUCUCCCAUCAAUUCGCAGACACUUCCUCGGCUGCGGUGGCCAUAGUCUCCGACCGCUCUCCGGCGGUCUUCGCUCUCUUAGAAAACGCAGAAGCCUCGCCGGCGACCAUCGCUCUCCUCCCUCGAAGUUUCUCAUCAAGGCCUCUCUCGACCCGCAUUUGCUCCUCGUCGUCGUCGCCGUCGUUACCUUCUCUGCUGUCUCCGUCAUCUACUUCAAUCGGCCAUUCAAGUCCAAGAAGAAUGUCGAUGCUAGAGUUAGAAAGCUCAGAGAGGUUAGAGACGCCAAAGAGGUCAGUAGCCAGCUACCUAUCCGCGAAAAUCAGAUUCUUGGUUUUGAUGCUUUGAACGGAAAGAUUGAAGAAUUAGAGACACCGGUGCUGCAAUUUCACAAUUCUGCGCAGGAGUCUCUUGCGCCUUUGGUGUUUGAAUCAACCGCAGUGCUUCAACCACUUCGUUUUCCCACUGAGUUGACUCAGUUGCAGCAGCCAGAGCGGUCUGAAGAUGUUGAUUAUGAUCCAAUUUCUGAAGAGUUCUCUAAAUUAAUGGGUGAACGGUCUGAAGAUGGUGGUCGUGACCCAAUUUCUGAUGAGUUCUCUAAAUUAAUGAGUGAUUCUAAUUUUGGAGUAGCUUCGCCUUCUGUUCCUGUAGAUGAUGAGGAAAGCGUUGAAGUUGGCGAAAGCGAUGAAGUCGGCGAAGUGGGUGAAGCUACUAGCUUUCAUGUACUCAAUAGAGAAUCGGUGAGAGAAGAGCUUCACAUGUUUUAUGAGGCAAACAAGUCUGAGACGAAAUCUGUAGCAAGCUUGAAUGGUAAAAAGCCAUCUUCUUUUUUGAGGAACAUCAACGUGACAGGGGCGGAUUUAAUACCACAAGCUUCCCAUCACACUACAGAGUCUAUAGAAGGCCAUACCCGCAGCAGAAAGGACUUGGGAAAAGGCAAUGGAUAUUCAAGCGACAAAGAAGUAAGACAUUUGCCUAAAAAGAAUUCUGGGACUAUGACCCAGUUUCCCCACCCAAAUGGGAUUCAUACAAAUGACAGAGAUCUUCUAUCAGAGCAAUUAAGUGCUUACCAUCGUUUGCUAAAGGAUGGGAGGCUAGGCGACUCUUUAAAAUUGCUUGAAGAUUUGGAAAGAAGGGGUUUGUUGGAUAUGAAUAAGGUUUAUCAUGCAAGGUUUUUUGAAAUCUGCAAAUCGCAAAAGGCUGUUGACAAAGCUUUCCGUUUCAUCAAACUGAUUCCAAAUCCAACCUUGAGCACAUAUAAUAUGCUUAUGACUGUCUGUGCAAGUUCUCAAGAUUCAGAGGAAGCUUUCCAUGUUCUGCGACUUGUCCGGGAGGCUGGAAUGAAGCCCGAUUGCAAACUUUACACUACUCUGAUAUCAACAUGCGGUAAAAGUGGAAAAGUUUACACGAUGUUUGAUGUCUUUCAUGAGAUGGUUAAUGCUGGAGUCGAACCAAAUGUUCACACAUAUGGGGCACUUAUUGAUGGUUGUGGCAGAGCUGGGGAAGUGGCCAAGGCUUUUGGUGCUUAUGGGAUAAUGAGGUCUAAGAAAGUGAAGCCAGAUCGAGUUGUAUUCAAUGCGCUUAUUACUGCAUGUGGUCAAUCAGGAGCAGUUGAUCGUGCUUUUGAUGUCUUAGGAGAGAUGAUGGCAGAAACACAACCUAUAGAACCUGAUCACACAACUGUCGGUGCACUAAUAAAGGCAUGUGCAAAUGCUGGUCAGGUUGAUCGAGCACGGGAAGUAUAUAAGAUGGUCCACAAAUAUAAGAUAAAGGGCUCCUCCGAGGUUUACACCAUAGCUGUUAACUGUUGCAGCCAGACAGGUGAUUGGGAGUUUGCGUGCAAUGUGUAUAGUGAUAUGACUAGGAAAGGCGUGGUCCCUGAUGAGAUGUUUCUCAGUGCAUUAAUAGACGUUGCUGGGCAUGCUGGAAAACUAGAUGCUGCCUUUGAAAUCCUACAAGAAGCUAGAAAUCAAGGAAUACAAGUUGGAACUGUAUCAUACAGCUCAUUGAUGGGAGCCUGUAGCAAUGCCAAAAACUGGCAGAAAGCACUGGAGCUCUAUGAAUAUCUCAAAUCCACUAAAAUUGAGAAAACUGUUUCAACUGUCAAUGCUUUGAUCACUGCCCUGUGUGAUGGGGAUCAACUACAGAAGGCUAUGGAAGUUCUAUCCGAAAUGAAAGGAUUUGGAUUGCAUCCCAACAGCAUAACAUACUCCAUACUUCUAGUGGCAAGUGAAAAAAAGGAUGAUCUAGAAGCUGGCCACAUGCUCCUUUCUCAAGCCGAAAAGGAUGGGGUUGCUCCAAACCUUGUCAUGUCUAGAUGCAUCAUUGGCAUGUGCUUGCGGAGAUCUGAGAAGGCAUGCUCACUUGGCGGAUCUGUCUUGUCGCGUGAUCGACCACAAGUUGAUAGCAAAUGGGCAUCACUUGCCUUAAUGGUCUACCGCAAAACGAUUGUAGCUGGUAUUAUGCCUACCAUUGAAGUUAUAUCACAAGUUUUGGGAUGCUUGCAGCUCCCUUACGAUGCAUCAUUCAAGAAUAGACUUAUUGAGAAUCUUGGUGUAACUGCCGACACAUCAAGAGCUUCAAACCUAUGUUCAUUGAUAGAUGGGUUUGGUGAAUAUGACCCUCGCGCUUUUUCAUUACUUGAGGAAGCUGCAUCUCUUGGAAUUGUUCCAUGUAUAUCCUUCAAAGCAAGUCCUGUUGUUGUUGAUGCAAGGAAGUUGCAACUUCACACUGCUGGGGUCUACAUCUUGACUGUUCUAAAAAGUCUCAAACAUCGGCUUGCUGCUGGUGCGAAGUUACCCAACAUGACCAUUUUACUGCCCGUAGAGAAGACACAAAUUAUGUCUCCGAAAGGGAAGACAAUGAACAUUGCAGGAAGGGUUGGCCAGUCAGUUGCAGCAUUAUUGAGAAGGCUUGGGAUACCUUACCAAGGAAAUGAAUCACGUGGAAAAAUAAAAAUCAGUGGGUUGGCCAUGAAAAGAUGGCUUCAGCCAAAGCUUGCUUCUUUCACUGGAAAACCAGGAGAAUUCGGCCCAUCCCAGUUACAAUUAGGGAAAGGAAUCACACAUCAGCAGCGCAACAUUCGAACUGGCAAUCUGUCCUUGGAGUAAGGGGACAUAAUAUAUGGAUGCUGCCCAGUAGACAGUUUAGAAGCAUCUAAUCCAGUUUUCCUAACUUCGGCUGAUGCUCUUUACACUUUUUAUAUCAGUGGUCUUACAUGCCUAUACCUACCCUGAGCCUAACUCACUACCCCAUUCUCAAAAAUUGCUUCGAAUAUGGGAUACCAAAAGUUGAAAGUUUCUUCCAUGCAUAGAGUUUGUAGAAGAGUAACGAGAGUUCGUAUAAAAGUAGCGACAGCCGGGGAUUAAUAGAGUGAAAAGAAGCUCCUUGGAUUGCAAAGAGGAGAGAUGCAUGAUUUUCAAUUCUGAA